AUGGCCAAGGCGGCUGUUGCCGGUAUUUCUGUCAUCAUCGUCGUCGGUGUUGUCAUUGGUGCCGUUAUUGGUAUAAGCCGCAUUGGUCAGCCCAACGAUGACACCGGUUCUGAGGGCAACGGUAGCCUGUCGCCCAAGAUGAAAUUCGUUAACUCCCUCUGCGACUCUACCAGUUAUAAGGAUAACUGUCUUAAUAGCCUUAGCCCGGUCGCCAACAAUGCAAGCGCAGAGCCAAAUGACUACCUCAGGGCCGCCAUUAAGGCCACAACCAUAGAGGUGAAGAAGGCCUUAGAAAUGUCUGGCGUAAUUGGGAUGGCCACAACCAGCUCUUACGAUCGUAUGAGCAUCGAGGAUUGUCAGGACUUGUUGCAAUUCGCCGUUGAUGAGCUGGAUGCUUCAUUCUCAAUGGUGGGUAAUCCUGAAAUGCACCCCGUCGAUGACCGUGUUGCUGAGCUCAAGAACUGGUUGAGCGCUGUUGUCUCGUACCAAGAGACAUGCCUGGAUGGAAUAGAGAACCCGGAGUUGAAGACUGCAAUGAAUAAUGGGCUCCUCAAUGCCACCCAGCUCACGAGCAAUGCCCUCGCCAUCGUCUCCGAGGUCGCUAAGAUACUCAAAGCCCUCGAUGUCCAUUUGGACGGCACGAAAACCAACCGGCGACUUCUCAACGUGAAUGGGUACCCCACUUGGUUUUCAUCGGCGGACCGGAAGCUUCUGGCGUCGCAGGAUAAUGGAAGGCUGACGCCUAAUGCAGUGGUGGCCAAGGAUGGUAGUGGCCAGUUCAAGACCAUAGCCGCAGCCCUUGCUGCAUACCCAAAGAAAAACAAUGGAAGGUACGUUAUCUACGUGAAAGCCGGUGUCUACGAAGAAUACAUCACUGUCACCAAGGAACAGGUUAACGUUUUCAUGUAUGGAGAUGGACCAACGAAGACGAUCAUCACUGGUAGAAAGAACAAUCGUCAAGGCGUCCCCACCUUCCAGACUGCCUCCUUCACUGCUAUUGGAAAAGGAUUCAUCGCCAAGUCGAUUGGAUUCCAGAACACAGCCGGUCCCGAAGGGCACCAAGCCGUGGCACUUCGCGUCCAGUCUGAUAUGUCGGCCUUUUUCAACUGUAGGAUGGACGGGUACCAAGACACGCUGUAUGUUCAGACACAUCGUCAGUUCUACAGAAACUGUGUCAUUACCGGCACCAUCGACUUCAUAUUCGGCGACUCGUCGACGGUGAUCCAAAACUCUCUGAUUAUAGUCAGGAAACCCAUGGACAACCAGCAAAACACGGUGACUGCUCACGGGAGGAAGGAUAAGGGUGAACGCACUGGUCUGGUCAUCCAAAAUUGCCGGAUUGUGCCUGAGGAGAAGCUCUUCCCACAGAGGUUCAAGAUCCGCUCAUACUUGGGGCGCCCAUGGAAGGAAUACUCGAGGACGGUGAUCAUGGAAUCCACCAUUGGUGAUUUAAUCCAACCUGAAGGGUGGAUGCCAUGGUCAGGAGAUUUUGCACUCGACACAUUGUUCUACGCUGAGUAUGGGAACCGGGGACCUGGUGCAGCCACAGGCAAGAGGGUCAACUGGAAGGGUUUCAAGGUCAUUACCAACAAAAGGGAGGCUCUUCAGUUUACAGCUGGUCCUUUCCUUGAAGGAGAUAAAUGGUUGCCAGGCACUACAACACCUUUCGACCUUGGCUUGACCCAAAACUAA